CAUGGACAUCUGCUGCCCUGUCGCCUUGCGGUCCUGACGUCCGACGUGAUCGGCCGGCAAGACUAGCAAGACUGCCACGCGCAAGUCAACACGAGCAAAGAGAAGGGAUUAAGUUCUAGACUGAGGGAGUUUAGGCCUACUCAAUCUGCUGUGCAUUGAGCAGUUCUCUUUUUCCUGCCUUUCUCUUUCGGAAUUCCUCUUUCGUUCUUUUUUUGCGCUUCGCUUUCUUCUUUCUUCUACUGCCUUUUUACUUUUCCCGUUACACACGUGUUGAUACCCUGCUUUUUUGCCCUGUUAGGCACGACGUUCUCUAUUAUUUGCUUUUUGUUCUACUUGACAUGGGUUGCUAGCUGCCUGGUUUGCAGUCGAGAUAUCUAUAAUAUGGCUUUUGAGAAGAUGGAUGCUGAAAGGAAACCGUGGCUGGCCAUGGGUUUUGGAUGCUGUGCAUCGAGGGAUGAUGUCGUGGAUGAGGAAUGUGAAGCAUCGAGGAUCAUAGGAACACCAGGGAUGCAAAUCUGCUAUGAAGAACCACGCUCUGUUCCACAACCUCGUGCUGAGCCAACGACCUCGCGCCCUACGACAAGCCACUCCAUCAAACAGCAUGUCUCACAAUGGGUAAUGGAGAGCCGUGAAACACUCGCACUACCAAGACGCUCGCAGUCGAAACCUCGACCCAGCAUCAGCGGGCCAAUGGACUUCAAGCACUGCGAUGGGCUCGACGGUAUUCAAUCCAUGGUCAACGACGCAUCUGCACCGAUUCGCCGUCGCCAGAGCUACCGCCCCUUGGAGUUGUCUUUCUACUUUCCCGACGGACGUCUUUCUCCCCUCCCAGACUUUUGCGACAACCGCUGCAGCACUGGUUCAAAGGAGCUGGAAGUCCCUGCAGAGGCACACGUCCACGUGAGGGACUCGCGCACGAACUCCUUGUCAUCCAACCCUUCAAACUCGUCGUAUCUUAUCCAGAGGAAGCCUGUUGGAUCAGGUUCGCAAAGGUCGAGCAUGCAGAGCCAGAAGAGCUUCUCGACACAUGAGAGGAGACUGUCGGGCACCACAAUGGCUACCAUGGCGACUCCUACUCUGGCUUUUCUGGAAGAGGAGCCAAGGCCUACCGCGGACUCCCUUGUUGAACAGCCUCCCACGCUCCAGCGCUCUCGUACUUCGGGUACCUUGUCACCUCCUCAAGUGCUCUCUCGUCUCUCAUCUCCAUCGCGUGCACGAGCAAACACUGCGCCUACCCGACCUGGAAGUCUUCGUCGUGCGCGAACAGACGUCGACGAGGCUAUCAGAGAGCUCAACACCAUCGUCGAAGAGCGUCGCGCGAGCGCAUACCGUUCCUACACCAGUUCCCCGGCCCUCAUCAACCGACCUCCUCCAUCGCCAUCCCACCAUGUUCCCUUCAUCGCGCCAACGAUGCGCAUGCAUGUCCGCUCCGAGACGCUAUCCGACAUCGGUUCCGCGUUCUCAACACCGCUAGAUAACAAGCCUCUCCCAACACCACCACAGGGUAUCCCACCUCCCAUGCCGAGACGCCUCACACUCUACCCGCCAUCCCGCGUCACCCCCGGCGCUCUGACCUCGAACCCCAUCACUCCACCCGCACCAACUACACCCCCAGCUCCCGUCACCCCAAACACAGCGACCGCCAUAACUCGUCUCGGGGCUUGGAUCAAGCGCUCCAUCCCCACUAAUACCACCUCCCCAUCCUUCCCCUCCUCCACCAGUCUCAAAUCCCAGCCAUCAGUUCCCUUCUACAAGUGCGAGCCCCAGGCUCCUCUUGCAUCCCGUCCCUCAACAGCAGGCUCCCGCACACUCUGCCACACUCGCCAAGACUCGCAAGACAGCGAGAAGACCGCAACCGUCACCCUCCGCUCUAGCUCCUCCCGCUCGCCAUCCCCGACAUCAGACGUCGCAGCUUAUGCACGCGCCAACGUGCUGAAAGGCCAGGGCAAGACGAGACGCGUACCCGCUCCUCUCAUUCUCAUCAAAGACAAGGAAAUCCUCGUCGAAGCCGCGCUGGGCAGUGCGCGCAGCACCCGCAGCCUCAAACCGCCUCAGAGCCCGCAUUAUGGCUUGUUGAGGGGUAUGGAGUUGACUGGCAAGGACGUGGGUGUUAAUGCGCAGAGGAGCAGCGCAUUUGUGCCCAGCCCAAGUGCGGUCGGUGUUGCGUUUUAAAGAAGUUUCUCGUUGGGUGGAGGAUUAGGAUUUUGGGGGAAUUGGAAAGGGUGAAUGGGUUAUGAUGGAUGGGCGGAUGGACGGAAUGGCAUGCAAAGACAUGCCACGGAAUGGAAUGGAUUGAAUCUUUCUGUUUUUUCUUUCUUCACUACAGCUUGCACGCACGCAUGCGUUGGACAUAUACCCUCCGUUCUCUACGCGAGUCUUUGCGCUGAGCGGAUGUUCGAUCGCAGAGGCGUGCUUGCUUUAUCUUUUAUACCCAGUGUUUUGGAGAUGGAGAGAAGUGGUAGUGUUAUCUUAAUAUUAUGCGUUUGAUGUCGCGUAUGCAAUUGCUUCAAAAUUUUGAUAGAUGUAAAGAAGGUGGUCGGGAAGGCUUGCAUGUGAUGGUUCGACUACGCGUCGGUGGCGCUAGCGAGACGAUGUCUGGG